CUAAACAGUUCACUGGGAAACGUACUAACGAAAGGUCGUCAUGUUAAUAGAAAUAUUGAUAUUUGUAGUUACUUUUUUGGUAGUGUAUGUAAUAUGGAAACAAAAGAAGGUGCACGACUUUUUGCGCGAAAGAGAUGUGAAGUUUGUUCCCGGAUACCCCCUAUUUGGGAACACUUAUGGCAGUUUGAUGGACAAAAGGCACAAUGUUGAUGAGCUCAUUGAGGUGUAUAACAAGUUUCCUGAAGAAAGGUAUGUCGGCUUCCUCGAAGGAUCAAACCCGGUCAUAAUAAUCCGGGACCCAGAGAUCAUCAAGAACAUCACAGUGAAGAACUUCGAACACUUCAUGAACCAUAAGGAGUUCUUUCCAUCCAAUGAGGACAUCUUCGGGAAGAGCGUGUUUGUUAUGAAAGGCGAAGUAUGGCGCGACAUGAGGGCCACCUUGAGCCCGGCCUUCACGGGGUCCAAGAUGAGACUGAUGGUGCCCGCCAUGAUAAAAGUCAGCAAUAACGUUGUGAAUUACUUGAAAGAAACCGAAGGCGAAAUCGUAGACGUUGACGACCUGAUGCGUCGCUACGCCAAUGACGUCAUAGCUGCAGCUGGGUACGGUCUGGAAGUGAACUCGUUCGUAGACAAAACCAACGAGUUCUACAACAUCGGACAGACCCUCUUCCAAUUCGACUUAAAACAGAAAUUGAUAUUGUUCCUGUUUAUGCAUUGCCCUUCUUUGACCGAGAAACUAAACAUGACGCUGUUUCCACCUAAAACGGUGAAUUUCUUCAGACACAUCGUAACAAAAACCAUGGAGGACAGGGAAAAGAAUAAAAUUGAAAGGCCGGACAUGAUACAGUUGCUAAUGGAAGCUAAUAAAGGAACUUUAAAACCAACACAAACCCAUGAAGAAAAUGAUGUUGGGUUCGCAGCAGUGGAAGAAGUUCUGAAAACCGAAGGCGAUGUGAGAAAAUGGUCCCUGGACGACUUAGUUGGCCAAGUGUUCAUAUUCUUCACUGCGGGCUUCGAGACCUCGGCUUCGACCCUCGUCAUGUGCAUCCACGAACUGGCUCUGAACCCGAAGGCUCAGGACAAACUGCACGAAGAGGUGCUACAGUUUUCGCAGACGAAGAAGCUGACUUACGAGAACAUACCAGCUAUGAAGUAUUUGGAUUGCGUUUUGAACGAAACAUUAAGAAAAUGGAGUGCUGCAAUCUUUAUGGACAGAACAUGCGUGAAGCAUUACGAGCUGCCACCACCCAGGGAAGGAGGGAAGCCAUACCUUUUGAAACCAGGUGACGUGGUGUACAACAUGGUGAACGCGAUCCACAUGGACCCGAAGUACUUCCCUGAGCCCGAGGCUUUCAUCCCGGAGCGGUUCUCUGACGAGAACAAACACAACAUUGAGCCCUUCACCUUUAUGCCUUUUGGCAUGGGACCGAGAGCCUGCAUUGCUUCCAGAUUUGCGCUCCUUGAACUGAAGGUGCUAAUGUACUUCUUGGUCCUGAAUUUCAAGUUCCUGAAGUGUGAGAAAACUAUGGACCCCAUCCGACUGAUCAACAAGGGGUUCCUGAUUCAAGCAGCAGAAGGAACCUUCAUCAAGUUUGAGAGUCGAAUGUAAAAAUUGAAAAAUUUUAACUAAUGUAACGUUAGGUUCCUAUUAUUAUUGUUUUUUAUGCAUGCAGGCAGGUAUUUGAUUUAAUUUUAAGCCUCAAAAUUAUGCAUCUUAGUUAUAAGGAUUUAUAAAGAGUUUAUUAAGAGUGGGCUCACCACAAUAGUCGAGCGGCGGCGGGGUUCAAACCCGGUCGUCGUGGAUGAAACGAUUAUAAUAUACAGUGUGAGUCACGUUAAAGUGUACAUAUG